UCCACUACUGCGCAGACUCUGGCUACAAAAGCACUAGACAACCGGAGACAACAGCGCCCGUGUCCUGGAUAUUUUGGAUUCAAUGUUGUACAGUGGAAGGAAAUGGAGACGCGUCGUCCAUCUUUAUAGGCCUACAGUCUAUGAUAUCUAACAUUAGCCUAUAGGUUGCCUGACAAUUUCAUUCCACUGUUUCCGGGCUCUGAAACAGAAACAGCUAGCUUACUGACCAUGGCUGGAAUAUAUGUGAGCAACAGCGCAGCUGAGCGUAUUGGAUACAUCACGCGGGCCCAGAGCUUCAGCGCCUGUCACCGACUCCACAGCAUUCACUUGAGUGAUGAGGAGAAUAAACGAGUUUAUGGAAAAUGCAACAACCCCAAUGGUCAUGGACACAACUACAAAGUGGAGGUAACAGUGCGUGGAAAGAUUGAUUCGCUCACUGGCAUGGUCAUGAACUUGACAGACUUGAAGAGGUGCAUCGAGGAAGUCAUCAUGAUUCCACUGGACCAUAAAAACCUGGAUGAGGACGUCCCAUACUUUGCCAGUGUUGUCAGCACAACUGAGAACGUGGCUGUUUACAUCUGGGACAACAUGGUGAAGGUGCUCCCAUCCAACCUGCUCUACGAGAUUAAGAUUCAUGAGACCGAUAACAAUGUUGUCAUAUAUCGAGGAGAUUAGAGUGUUGAUAAAAUGUGAUGUUUGAUCAGGCAACCCUUGACAUGUACAAGUGCCAUUCAUUGCAUUAUUAUUUAGCUAACUUCACUGAUGACUGCAGGCUUUGGUUAGUUGGACACUAAUACAGAUUUAUGAAGGUUGAUAGAUGGUAGCCUAUAUAUGAUUGUUUUGAUGAUUGUUUGUUACACUCGCCCUUUAUAGACAAAAGAUUUUGUAGCUAAAAGUUCAGUAUUCUUGUUGAAAUUCUAUUAUUGUCAGGGGGGGAAACAUUAUUGAGACCAAACUUGCUUAGCUUAUUUAUCCUUAAAACAUUGUCUACUUGUGAACCCUGAUUGCAGUGUGUAUUUUUCUACAGGUUGUAACCAGGUCAACCAAAGAGCACGUUUUAGUUUUUUGUUUUUUUAUAGAGUGAUUUUUAAAGGCCUGAAGAAAUUAGAUAAACAUUUAAACAAAUGUGUAAAAAUGUACAUUUGUUUUGUAGCACAACUCUGCUUCAUUUCAUUACACCUUGAGGAAACCUUGAUUUAGACAUUCACAUAAACUAAAUAAAGCUAAUUAAUCAUUCUUAUAAACUUAACAAAAAAGAAACAUCCCUUUUUCAGUACACUGUAUUUUAAAGAUACUUUUGUAAAAAUCAAAAUAACUUUAGAGAUCUUCAUUGUAAAGGGUUUAAACAAUGUUUUCCAUGCUUAUAAACAAUUAAUGAACAUGCACCUGUUGAACUGUCGAAAAGACAAUAACAGUUUGCAGGCAGUAGGCAAUUAAGGUCACAGUUAUAAGAAAAUUAGGAAAGAGACACUUCUACUGACUCUGAAAAACACUAAAAGAAAGACGCCCAGGGUCCCUGCUAAUCUGCGUGAACGUGCCUUAGGCAUGGUGCAAAGAGGCAUGAGGACAGCAGAUGUGGCCAGGGCAAUACAUUGCAAUGUCCCUACUGUGAGACGCAUGUAGGCACAGCUGAUCGUCCUCGCCGUGGCAGACCACGUGUAACAACACGAUCGGUACAUCGGAAUAUCGCAGCUGUGGGUAGGUAGUUACAGGAUGGCAACAACAACCGCAAGAACUAGCCAGUCUGGUGCAGUAUGAGGAGGAGAUGCACUGCAGUACUUAAUGCAGCUGGUGGCCACCCUCCCCUUUGUUCAGGGAAACAUAUUCAAUUUCUGUUAGUCACAUGUCUGUGAAAAUUGUUCAGUUUUUGUCUUAUUUGUUACAUCUUUUAAUGUUCAUACAACUUGCAUAUGUUACAUUUGCUUAAAAUAUAAAAGCAGUUGAAAGUGACAGGAUGUUUCUUUUUUGCUGAGUAUAUAUGUGGUAUCAAAAAUUACAUGCAUGUAUAUUUUAUCUUUAGUAAAUCAAUUCCAUAUGUUAGCAGCAUAAGGCUUUAUCACUAACAUUGACAGUUACACCCUUUCACAGUAAAUGUUUAACUAUAACUGAAGAGGGUAGGAAGAAUACUCUAAUUUAAAACAUUGAAAAAAAUUAUCAUGGAAUAUCUCUGAAUGAAGUCAGAGUAAUGUGUUCAUGCUGGGUUGGUUCAUGGGGAUGUUUACAUUCAGAGCACGCUGGUUCACCGUGGCAACCUGUGAACUAGCCAAAUAGUGACAUCUAGUGGUACCAAACUGUACAUCUCUAAAGUUGUUGCAUUAAAGUUGGAUUUUGCCAGUGAUGAAA